CUUAUCACCCUGCGUCCUCCCCAGAUUCCUCCGCCUCCAGCCCUCGACCGUGCACUCGAACCUCAUCCCAUGGCCGCUACAGUCCUCGAGUCGCUGGUCGUCCCCUCCCAUCGUCCUCACACCACCGCGCCGAGGGCUGCCGCCGCGCUCUUCCCACUCGCCGGCGGCCGUGGGUUGGGCCUCAUCCCCAGGUUCCGCGGACUUAGAUGCGCGUCGCUUCCCCUGAGGGCCGCCGCCGCGUCCAGAUCGAGGAUGGUCGGGAGGAGGGCGGCCGGCGCAUUCGUCUGUGAGGCGCAGGAGACCGCCGUCCAGCUUGCAGAUGUAUCUAAAGAUACAUGGCAGACACUCGUUCUGGGUUCAGACGUCCCAGUUCUGGUUGACUUUUGGGCUCCUUGGUGCGGACCAUGCCGAAUGAUUGAGCCAACGGUUGCCAAAUUAGCAAAAGUUUAUGAAGGCAAGCUGAAAUGCUAUAAGCUCAACACUGAUGAAAACUCUGAAAUAGCUAAUCAAUACGGGAUUCGCAGCAUCCCAACCGUAAUGAUCUUCAAAAGUGGAGAGAAGAAGGAUACUGUGAUUGGAGCUGUGCCGGAAUCUACUCUGGCCACAUCCAUCGAAAAGUUCAUCUAGAGAUGACUACAAGGAUUGAAAUUGGUUCAAGGAGUCUUUUUCUUAGUUUCAUUAAUAUUUUUGCAUUCAGCUCUCUGUGCUGUAUAUAUUAUGCUUUUACCCUUCAACCAAGUUAUAUUGCUCACUGCUGUAAGAAGCAUUUGCUGAAAUCUAAAUUUCUGCUUAGCAA